GCGGUGGCGCCGCGCACGCGCACGGGCUGGCGGCGCGCGCCGAGCGGGGUGCACCGCGCGGGUGCAGCCACGAUGGAAGGGGGUGCGUACGGAGCGGGCAAAGCCGGGGGCGCCUUCGACCCCUACACCCUGGUCCGGCAGCCGCACACCAUCCUGCGCGUCGUGUCCUGGGUGUUCUCCAUCGUGGUGUUCGGCUCCAUCGUGAAUGAGGGCUACCUCAACAGCCCCUCGGAGAGCGAGGAGUUUUGCAUCUACAACCGCAACCCCAAUGCCUGCGGCUACGGCGUGACCGUGGGCGUGCUUGCCUUUCUCACCUGCCUGCUCUACCUGGCCCUGGAUGUGUACUUCCCGCAGAUCAGCAGUGUCAAGGACCGUAAGAAGGCCGUCCUAUCCGACAUUGGCGUCUCGGCCUUCUGGGCCUUCCUCUGGUUCGUGGGCUUCUGCUACCUGGCCAACCAGUGGCAGGUCUCCAAGCCCAAGGACAACCCACUGAACGAAGGGACAGACGCGGCCCGGGCUGCCAUCGCCUUCUCCUUCUUCUCCAUCUUCACGUGGGCGGGCCAGGCUGUGCUGGCCUUCCAGAGGUACCAGAUUGGCGCAGACUCGGCCCUCUUCUCCCAGGACUACAUGGACCCCAGCCAGGACUCCAGCAUGCCUUACACCCCCUACGUGGAGCCCAGCACCGGGCCAGACCCCGCCGGCAUGGGUGGCACCUACCAGCAGCCGGCCAGCGCCUUUGAGCCCGAGCCCCAGGGCUACCAGUCGCAGGGCUACUGAGCCACAGUGACCGCCUGCCCCCCGCCUGCCUAUGACCUGCUCCAGCUGCUCCCUGCUCCCUCCCUUCACACCCGGCCCCCUUCUCCCUCCCAGGCUGCCCUGGCCGGUCCCUCCAGGUGGUUCCACUGAGGUCCAGGGCAGCUCGGGUGGGAUGGGGCAGUGAGGUGUUGGGGGGGUAUCCACAUGUGUGUGCAGGUGUGUCCAGCAGGGCCCUGGGGUGUUUGCAUUCAUUCCUUGUGUCUUUGAGCGUUUGUUGAGCACCUACUGUAUAUCAGGCCUGUGCUUGGCAUGAGUGCUGAAAGACAAAUGGUCCCUGGAAAUGGGGAAGAGGAGAUGUGGAGGAGGCCCUACUGGUACCAGAAGUAGGAAUGGAGAGAAAGCUAGCCCGGGAGGAUGCUGGGAAGGUUUGGCUGCAGGGUGUGAGCACCCACAGGACACCGGGGGCUGUCACCUGCUAGGAGUGAUACAACCGCCCUGCUAGGAGUGUUGGCCUGUCUCCAUUUUAUGGCUGAGGAAACUGAGGCCUGGAGAGGUCAAGGUCACUCGCCCAGGGUCACUCAGGCAGCCAGUGAUAGAGAUGGGGCCAAGCCCAGGCCCCCUGACUGCAGAGCACCUGCUGUCCCCUGGCCUCCCCACCAUCCCCCCUCCCCGAGCCGGGGGCUCCACUGCUCAGUGCUACCGUCACUCUGGGAGGCCUUGGGGACCUCAGCCCAUGAGACACCCUGAUUCUGCUGCAAGCCAGGGGCCUGCUCUGCCCCGACUGUUCCCCCCAGUGGGACAGCCCUGCCUCCAGGCCCCUCUCCCCACAUCCCGCCAGCCCCUCCCCUGGCCGCCUCCCAGGGCCGGAGAGCCGAGAGGGCGGGCCUGGCUCCCAUGUGCCGCUCCAUGCUGCGCGUAUCCCGCCAGGAGCUCCAGCACGCCUUUGUGGCCUCCCGACUGACCGCUGUCCCUGC